AUGUGGACGGUGCUAUUGGCAACCUCAAUAAUUGAGCUGCGCAAUGUCAACGGUGACUUCAUCAAACUGCGUGGGCUAAUAGACCAAGACUCCCGGAAUUCCUUCAUUACGGAAUACGUUGCAAAUUUAUUAGGGUGGAAACGAGAGCGUGCCUCAGUGGUCAUAUCCGGAAUCGGAAGUGCAACCAGGAAAUGUAGAGGACAAGUACCAAUAAGCAUGAAGGAAAAAUGGUUAAAUGGUGAAAUAGGUACCAUCGCAUUAAUCAUUGAUACAAUCACGAAGCCUCUUCCUUCUGCAAUGAUACGCAAUGAUGGUGACAUUGGGCUGACCCUCGCGGACCUAGCUAAUCCAGAUUGUAGAACUAAGGGCAGAAUCGAUGUUCUCGGAGCAGAUAUAUACGGGGAUAUUCUAUUGGACGGAAUUAUUCAUGGAACGCCAACAGCACACAAAACGAAGAUCGGAUGGAUUCUCUCUGGUCCGAUAGCAACCCCACCAGGAGACAAUAUUAGCAUCAGUUUUGUAGAAAACACCGAUUUGGACAAAAGACUUGAACAAUUCUGGAUUCGGGAAGAGGUAGUUCCCAGAGGGAUGCUUAGUAAGGAAGAAGAAGAAUGUGAAGCACACUAUCAAGCAACCACCAAACGAUUGGAAGAUGGACGAUUCGAAGUGUAG